AACAGUUCACUUCUCGCGGGGUCUAGUAAGGUUAUCUUAUUGGAGCAAUCUGAAAUCGACGUUUCUUGUUGCGAGCAGAAACCGAUGCCCAGCUCGGCCGCGUAAGCGUAGGCGACGCGUUAUUGAGAAGAGGAGGAAGAGGAAGCUGAUUCAGCAGCCAGCAGGCGCCUAGCGAACCGUCUGGUGCUCCAUCGUCACAGUUAUAUAAGGAGCAAGCUCCGCUUACUUUCCUCCAUCCCAUCUUGCGUUAUUGAUCUUGCUUGUCUACAUCAUCACGGUUCAGAGCCAGCUGGCGUAGCUUGAUUUGUUGCCACUCACCAUGAGCUACCAGGCUCCUCCUCCAGGCACUGCAGCUUACCCGCCACCGGGCACGGCGUACCCUCCGCCAGGCCAGCAGGCCUACCCGCCACCGGCCGAGGGCUACCCACAGCCAGCCUACGGCGCGCCGCCUCCCAUGGACGCCGGCUACCCGCCCAAGGACGGCACCGCCGGGUACCCGCCCCCGCCGCCGCAGGACUCGCAGAACCGCGGCAACGACGGCUGCUUGAAAGGAUGUUUGGCUGCUCUGUGCUGCUGCUGCGUGCUCGACAUGUGCUUCUGAGUCCCCAUCAGGGGAUUGCGUCAAGCUGGAUCUUGCAGGCAGGAGAAUCGACAUGGUUUAGAGAUGUGUUCAUGAGUCAUCGUCUUUGUUUCCACCGUGUAUAUGCGUGUCGCUAUGAAUUUAUUAUGGUGUCUAGUAGUUAAUCCUGGCUUCUUGGAGUUCAUGUGCUGUGAAAAAAGAAAAAUCCUGCCAAUUUGUACGAUGAUAUGGUAAGCAUGGUGUGGUGCUUGUUGCCGUAA